AUGUCUAAUGGAGUGUGGGAACUUUCUGAAUUCAACUUUGCUUACGAGUUUAGUCAGAGGUUAGUAUCUCCCUCGUUACGGCUGUUGGGCAUAAGCCUUCAAGGUCUUCUGUUUAGAGGUUACUUAGCUAAGGCUUAUAUUGAUAUUGAUAUUACUCUAGUUGAUAAAGUUGCUGUAGUUGAUCCAUUAGGAUUGUGCAUCUGCCCCGGGCGCUCGUGGGGCCCCCGGUGCAAGAUCCUCUCCCGCUCCUUCGGCGGCGCGGACUGGGCGUGGCUUCGUCCCCUCCCGCCCUGCCUGCCGACGACCCUCUCGCUCCGCCUCCUCACGCGCCGCCCCCACGCCCUCCUCCUCUACACGGGCCCUCUGUCGCCCUCCUCCGCCCGCCCGAGCUAUCCGCCCGCGCCCAUGAUGGUUCUGCAGCUGGUGGAAGGGCGCCCGCAGCUGGUGAUGGAGGGUUCUCGAGGCUCCGUCAAGCUGAUGGUGAACACGACGCUGAACACCGGCUCGUGGCACACUGUUCACGUUCACCUGCACGCGAAGGGCGUUUCUCUCAUGGUUGACCUGUGUGGGCGUCAGUGGGCGUCGGAGGACACGAGGAGACCCUGCAUCGCUCGCUCUCCGUGGGCGGAGCCUCGAAAUGCGGAGGGUUGGAUGAGCAGCUUGCCUUUGCAGGUGGGCGGAAUGGCUCACCCACGCCCGCAACCCAAGGACUUCGGGUGGACUGGAGGCGCCCACUUGCACGACGGACUGGUGGGAUGUGUGUCGCAUCUGACUGUCAACGGAGAGCUGACUGACCUGGGCGAGCCGGCCUUCAGCAGUGGAAGCCAGUCUGGCUGCGCCCUCCAAGAGCAAGCCUGCGAGGGGCGUGGAGACGACCAGGAAUCCUACGUCGGGAAAUGCGGGCUCCAAGGGCGCUGCGUGGGCGGACUCAACGCUCCAAAGUGCCAGUGCGACCCAGGGUGGGCGGGGGACCUCUGCUCCACGCCCACUGUGCCUGCUACCCUCGGGCCCGGCUCUCACGCUACCAUAGCGCUCUCCUUUAGUCCGGAUCCCUACGUCCUGUCGGUCCAGCUGAGGGUCCGGACUCGCGGGAGGAUGAGUGGACUGCUACUCAGGACUUCGGAUGACCGUCGCGCGCCCGCCCUGGCCGUGCACCUGCGCGACGGCGUGGUCUGCGGGUCUCUGGAGCAGGCGACGGGGCGGCAGGAAGCGUGUGUGGAGGGCUUCCCUGUAGGAGACGGUUCCUGGCACUCUGUCACGGUGGCACGGCAUGGCUUCAACUUCUUCACCGCGGUGGACGACGGGGAAGGCUGGAGGAGGAACGAGAGCAUUGCGUCACUCGCCAAGGGGUCUGUGGGCGUCGGUGAUGGGGAGGGGAGGGAGGCGUCUCGGUUCUCGACUUCGACGUCGUCCGCGCCCACGCCCGCGCCCAUCACUGUGGAGAGGGUGGUGAUCGGGGGCCUGGCGGAGAACGUGGAUGCUAAUAUGGUCUCGGUGGAGGAGGAUUUGAGUGAAAGCUGCAUUGACGAUGUCCGCAUAUCUGGCCACCCUCUGCCUCUGCCGCCUGCCUCCAACGUGACCAAAUGGGGCGAAGUGACCACCUCUAACCAGCUGGGUCGCGGAUGCCCUGGCCCUGACCUCUGUGCCAAUACCACCUGUAUCCCGCCCCUUACAUGCCAUGAUUCGUGGAAGCUCGCCACCUGCAGCUGCGCCCCCGGCCAGCACCUGGUAGGGAGAGUUUGCCAAGACGUCGACGAGUGUGUCUUCCAGCCUUGUCUGCACGGGGGAACCUGUUACAACCUCCUCCCUGGCUACCACUGCCUCUGCGGCCCAGCUCACGUAGGGAACAACUGCCAGUGGACCAAAGUGGCGCCUGAUUCCUACCCACUCAUGGCACAUGCGGCCCUGGCACUGCUUACUCUCUCGGUGCUUCUGUCCGUGGUCCUCCUGGUGCUUCUCGUUCUCCGGCACCGCUACGCUGACGGCGCGACAUGUGGGGAUAUGUGUCGAGAAGGAUGUGGCGAGGGUGAAGACGUCGACGCUCCCGUGGUAGUCGAGGAAGGAGGUGGAGGAGGAGGAGGAGGAGGAGGAAGAAGAGGAAGAAGAAGAGGGCACAAGCGCUGUCCUUCCUCUUCUCGUGGUACCAAGUUGCCUGAGGGAGAGAAAGUCCUCCUUCAGGAACUAAAGAUGGAGGAAGUACCUGGCACAGAUCUUCCGCCGUCUUCCCUCGUAGACAAGAGCCCUCACGCCCUCACCCCCAGCGGCCGCCCCAUGAACCCCGCCCACGCCCACGACGCCCAAAGCAAGCGGGACAUUCGCGCGGCGCCCACGGGGGGAGCGGCGCCCGGGGGGGAGCGCGAGGCGAGAGGCGAGGUCGGGCACGACGGUCGGGAGGCGAAGGACGCCGCCCCCGCGCUCCUGACGGGGCGGUCCUCCUCUCCGGGCGGCGUGGGGCAGGAGGGGCGUCCGAGGGGAGGGAGCCUGACGCUGCGAGGGGGCGGCGCCAGGGGCAGGCAGGUCGUCCUCUGCGCCGCCGGGGGGAACGGAGACAGGUCGUCCCUGUCGUUCCUUGCGCACGACGACCUCAGGGCCUACGCGUACGAGGGGGACGCGUCGCCUUCAGGGUCCCUCACCUCGACUGUCAUGGGCCUGAGGACGAGAUCGGUCGAGGAAGGCAGCGUGAAGCCCCUCUUGGUCGAGUACGAGGAGGUACUUGGCCUCCUGAACGACCUCCCGGACGCCUCCCGCCCCCAUCAGCUCCCCCAGCCAUCUCCUGAAGCAGAGGAAGUCCUCCUGAAGGCGACGACGACGACGACGACGACGGCCAGUGAGAAGCCCUCCGCUGUUGCCACAUCUGAAGACAAGGCGACGCCCCUGAACAACUCGAAUGGUAACCGUGGCAACAGUGAUGAUAAUGCGGGGAGUCUGACAUCCAGAGCGGCGAGAAAAGGAUGGAAGAACGUGUUUCCUUUCCGGUAGUGGAGAGGGAGAGGGAGUGAGAGGGAGAGGGAGAGGGAGAGGUAG